CAACAGUUCUUUUGGUUUGCACCAUUUUUUAUAGAAGAAGAUGAUGAGUGAUAAGGAAUGGCAACAUCAGUAGACAAAGGCAAAUCAGAACACUGUUGAACAAGCCAUAUUAGUUUUCCUUACUGAAUCUUUCUUUACACCUUAACAAAUGAAGACAGGUCGGCUGUCCCUAUUUGUAAGCUUUUGGGCUCCAGCUGCAGACAUUAUUGUUUACUCUAGGCCUCCAAGGAAACCCUUUUAAAAUUUCUUCCCGGAAGCAGAUUCUUUUGAUUGGAGCAGCAAUAGAGAGAAAUAAAGGGUGAAAGAAAGAGGAUAUCAAACCAUGGAAGAAGAUGAAACAGAGGUUCUGCUAUCAAAGUACAAGUCACUUCCUGCAGAAAACUCGUUCCACGAACACGAAGCCACCGUCGGACUGAAGAAGUUUACAUCAAGUCCGGCAUGGUUUUUUCUAGACCAGUCUAGUCUCUGGAGGGCAGGUCUUUCUUGGUCACUCUUCUUUCUUCUAACCAUUGGUGUCCCUCUUGUAUCCCACUUCGUCUUUGCCUGCUCAAGCUGUGAUCAAGAUCAUGUGAGGCCUUUCGAUUCGAUCGUCCAAUUAUCGCUUUCUGUGUUUGCAACGCUAUCUUUUAUCAGCCUCUAUUCUUUCACUCGCUCGUACGGUCUGAGAAAAUUUCUGUUUCUUGAUAAAUUAAGUGAUGAGAGUGAGAAAGUUCGACACGGCUAUACCCUUCAGAUUGAGAGAUCACUGAAGAUCUUGUCAGCAUUUGUCCUUCCCUGCUUCCUGGCGGAUGGUGUCUACAAGAUAUGGUGGUUUGCCUCUGGUGGAACCCAAAUUCCCUAUUUCUACAAUGUCUACUUGAGCCACAUCAUUGUGUGCGUACUGCUGUUGUCUUCAUGGCUUUACAGGACAUCAGUUUCCUUCCUUGUAUGUGUCCUGUUCCGCCUAAUAUGCUACCUGCAGAUCCUUAGGCUGGAGGACUUUGCACAGGUUUUCGAGAAAGAGUCUGAUGUUGCUGCAAUCUUGUUGGAACAUCUCAAGAUCAGAAGAAAUCUUCGCGUCAUAAGCCAUAGAUUCAGACGGUUUAUUUUGUCUUCACUGAUCCUUGUCACUGCCAGUCAAUUUGCGUCUCUACUUGUAACAACUGAGUCCAGCUCCACUGUCAAUAUUUCUACUGCAGGAGAACUUGCAUUAUGCUCCAUCACCCUGGUAACAGGCCUUUUCAUAUGCCUGCGUAGUGCAGCGAAAAUCACACACAAAGCCCAGUCUGUUACGUCUCUUGCGGCAAAAUGGCAUAUCUGUUCCACUACCAAUUCCUUUGAUGACUUCGAUGCUGAGACUCCCAGGUCUCACAUUACCUCAGAUCAGGCCAUAUACACAGAUUCUGAUGCCUAUUGUGACACUGAUAAUGAAGAAGGAGAUGGAGAUGAUGAAAUUGACAACACAAACAUGGUUCCAGUUAUACACGCCGUAUCCUACCAGAAGAGGCAAGCACUAGUGACAUAUUUUGAGCACAACAGAGCUGGAAUUACAGUUUAUGGCUUUAUGCUGGAUAGAUCAUGGCUUCACACCAUUGUUGCUAUCCAGUUGUCGCUUACGCUGUGGAUAUUAAACAAGACAAUUGGUAUUGGGCAAUAACUUAAAACUCGUUCAUCCACUCCUCUUCAUUCUGUGCUUUGUGACAAAAGGGGAGUGGAGUCCCAAAUCACUCCUCUGGUGGGCUGUUCACAAUAUUGCAUGCGCGUGCAUAUAAGAGAGAGAGAGAGAAGCUUAUUGUUUGCCCUGAUCUUUAAGUCGAAUGAUUGUAGCUAGUGCCUGAUCUGGUCAUAUGCUUCCUCAGCUAAAAGAACUGAAUGGUAUUCUAAGUACCCUUGUACAGGUGGUGUUGCUGAAAGAAAAUUCAGGGCACUCUGUCUUCUCUUCUGCUAAAUAAACGUCGAUUGUUUCAUUUUGGCAAAA